GUCGUCCGAUAGCAAGGGUGUCAUGGUGGAAGUCACAUGCUUUACUAGCCAACUCAGAAGCAAGAGCUACAGUCUCAUUUAAACUUCACAGGCCUGACUUCGGUACCGACAUCACAUGUCAGGCAGUUACGGAUCCAUCAAUACCACCGUUAUCUAACAGACUUUCGAUUGAUAUGAAUUUACCUCCGCUUUCGGUGCGAAUACAAGGCGGGAAGCGACCUUUAGUGGCUGGUCAAAGUACGGAAUUAACAUGUCAAGUAGUGGGGGCCAGGCCGAAACCUGUUAUAUCUUGGUGGAAAGGAGGAACCAAGUUAACUACUGUAAGGGAUUCUACUUCGAUGGAUGGAAAUAUCACCAUAAGCGUUCUAACUUUUGUGCCAGCGAUAGAAGACGCAGGGAGAGUUUUAUCAUGCAGGGCAGCUCAACCAAAAAUAUCGCACACUACUCGAGAAGAUGGCUGGAAAAUUGAGAUACAGCAUUUACCCGUCGUUACGUUGAACUUGGGUGCGAACUUAGAUGCCGAUAAAGUAGUGGAAGGAUCUGAUAUCUACUUAGAUUGUAGAGUUCGUGCAAACCCUUGGUACAGCAAUGUUCACUUCACUCAUAAU